AUGUUCUCCACCAUGCAAUCCGCAAUUCGACACGUAGCCUCCUCGCCCGAGCAGCGUCAGCCCCAUCAUCAGCACCAGAACCAGCAUCAGAAUCCGAACCAGGAUCAGCAGCAGCAGCAGCAGGUCACUCCUUAUGACCAAUCCGACUUUGGCCUCGAGCGCCACAACUCACACGAUAGCAACGGCAGCUCCAACUUCACUCACAGGGCGCACCCUCCUAUGAAUCUCGACUCAUCCCGAUCCAGCUACUCUUUCCACUCAUCCCAACCCGACAUUGCUACCACCCCUUCGCCGUCUUCAUCUCGUCUUGUCGCUACAAACUACUCUCGUCCUCGCCUCGAGCAUGCGCAAACACAGCCUUCUACGCCACAACACUCGCACUCCACUUCUCGCUCCUACUUCCCGCUUGAACCGCAUUCCCAAUCGUUCUCCGGUCCCAGCGGCCAGGGCAUCAGCUCCUCUUUUGACGAGGACGAACUCCGUCAGAUCAUGUCGCGAAGUCCCGGCGCAGAUCUCGAGACUCGCCAGGACGGCGAUGUAGCAAAGGGUGUCAAGUCGGCCAACCACCAGGACAUCAGCCCUUUCCUCUUUCAGAACGAAAACGCAACUCCGUCCUCGUCUCGUUCCGGCAAGCACAACGCCAUCGCGCCGUCCGCUUCCGCUUCGGCAAGUCCUGCCACCAGCUCUCUCCCUCGAGCACGCACAAGUACCGCCACGUCCGCUUCGAUCGCCGAUACCAGCUUUGGCAGCAUCGACAACCCUCGCCUCGCCUCGUCCCGCUCCCAGCACUCGUUGCGGCCCCACACUCCGCCUUCCGCCGCCACGUCGACCAGCACCCUCAACGGCUCCAAAGAUACCCAUGCCUCUGCUGCCAAAAAGUCGCGCAAUCCGUUCGGCUUCCUCAAGAAGAAGUCGUCCACGCAUUCCAACGCCUCUUCCAACAUCCCCAUGCGCCACGAGGCUUCCGUCUCGAGCCUCUCGUCGCGCUACGGCUCCAACGCCGCCAACCUCAACCCCAUGCGUCCACCCGCCUGGCUCGAGCAUAACCGUCCUCUAGCCUCCACCACGUCUCCCUCCUCGGCAUCGCUGCGCUCCCACAAUCACCCUCCUUCCACCUCGAAUUCUGCAACCUGGCAAAAUCCUCUCCACUCCCGCAUCGACUCGCUGCCGACAGCCGUCAGUCUCGAGGACGAGCUUGAGAGCGAGAGCCAUUCUAAGAAGGACGGUCGCAAGCGCAUCAAAGGCGUCCGACAUCAUCUUGGCAAGAACGCCGGCGGGUCCAAACUCGACGAUGACGCCGACCCGGCCCGCGAUGCCGCUUUUGCAGCGCAGAGCCAGUCAAUCGAACAGGAGGUCGAAUUGUCCCUCGAUAUGAAUUUUGACCAGCUCGAAGACUUUGUCGACACCAAUGCAGCACGGCAGCGCCUGCAAGGUUCCGUCACCGACUCCACGAGCCCGCCCGAUCAUCGCUCGCCCAACGGAAGUGAAUCAGGCAUCUACCGCUCGCCCUCGCCAUCCCAGGCCUCGCUCGCGGACCGACAGACUUCGGCGACGUCCACGGUCGGAUCGCCAUCGCACGCUUCCGACGCUUCCGUCGCACCCCCGAGCUCAUUGCACUCCCCCAGCCGCACCAACACGACCAUGUCCACCUCCACCUCGACCUCCACCAUCCUCAGCGAUCGCCGUCCUUCGCAGAUCAACCUGCAGCCGCGCAACAGUGUUCCCAGGCUCAGCUUAGCCGAGAUGCAAAACUAUCAGUCGCUGCGCAAGCUCUCGAGCAAUCUCAUCGACCUGCCCCAGCCUUCGUCCUACAGCUCCGCCGCCUCGAGUUUGCCUCCGCGGCGCGAUUCCAUCACAGCCACCCAAGCACUACCCGAGGCGUCACAGCUGGGAGUUGCGUCUACGUCCGAAGCCAUCCUCGCAGACCAUCGCAAGGACAGCGUCGUCUCUGCACACAGCAUGCGAUCCAACCACAGCGGCAUCUCGCCCAAGACCUCGUACGCCAACCUGCCUAGCGCCAUCCAGGAACAUGCCAAGGGCGGCGCCGCCUUACCUCCCGGAGCAGGCUGGGCAUCCGAAGCAUCCAAAGACAAGCCUGCCAACGGACGAGCAGAUCACGCCUUUCAGUUUCCGCCUGCAGCUGACCACAAUGUCGACUCGCUGCUCAGCGUGCGCAAGUCGAGCGCGAGCUCGGGACAAGAGCCAAGCUCCAGCUGGAUGGCGCCCGACAGUUGGGCCGUGCAACCGGACAAGAUGCGCGAUUACCUUCGCGAUGACAAUGUUGGCGAAGAGGAAGAUGAUGACCAGGAUCGCGCCGCGGCUGCCUUGUCCUCGGAUGGCAAACGGCGCGGCUCCAGCUCCGGCAUCAGCUCCACGCACGCUUCCAGCAUGUUUCGCACCUCGUCCACUGAUCCGUUCAACAAGGCCGUCUCCGUUGCUGGCUCGCGUCGAGGCACCGACGAGUCCGUCGAUCCGCUCACCGUGUUGCCUCGUUUGCCUGGCCCAAAGCCCACCGACGACGCAUCCACCAAUAAGGUCGAUGUGCUCCAGCAGACGAACAAUCUUGCGCAGUCGGCUCUGGCGCAGCAGCAAUCGCAGAACCACCACUCACACCAGCUCGGCUCCAGUCACGUUCGCCCCACUUCCCGAGGCGGCGCGGGUGCUCACAUACUGGCUUCCGCUGGCGCUUCUGCUGCUGCCGCCGCUGCAGGUAAGCUUGGCCUCCACCGUCCGUCCAAGCAUCGCACUACCACGCGGCCCAAUACGGCAGGCUCCAUCGGUGUCACACGGCCGUCCACCGCCACGCUGAACUCGAACCUUUCAACUGAAGAUGACUCGAGCAUCAAUGGUCCGGUCCGACGCGAUCCCCAUCCUCUCAAGCGAUCCACCACCGCAAACACAGGUGCUCCUCCAGGCAGCGCGCUUCGGAACCAUUUCAUCCGCGUCUACAAGCAGGAUGGCACGUUUGCGACGCUCUCGUGCUCUCUCGUCUCGACGGCCAACGAGGUGCAGACCAUCCUAGCACGCAAGAGUCUCACCGCCGAGUCGGCCGCCUACAGGCUCUUUGUGCGCGACAAGGGCUCAGAGAGACCGCUCGGCAUCUCGGACAAGCCUUCGCAGCUCCAACGUCGUCGUCUUUUGCAAGCGGGUUAUACCGAAAACGACGGCCUCGAAGACAUGGGCAGAGACGAUCUUUCAUACCUGCUGCGCUUCGUCUUUCGUCCCGACAGCGUGCCCACGUUCGACUCCGAGUCGAUCGGUCACAGCGAGCACACAUUCCAGCGCCUGGACCUGCAGAGUCGCAACCUCGAGAUGGUACCCAUCUUCCUGUACAAACAUGCCGACUGGAUCGUCAGCCUCGAUCUGUCGGGCAACCCGAUGUCCGACCUUCCGCUCGACUUUGUUCAGCUCUGCUCGAGUCUGCGGACCCUGCGGCUCAGCAAUCUGGCGCUCAAGCGCAUCCCUCAGAGCGUACGGCACAGCGAGACGCUGACGCAUCUCGACGUCUCCAACAAUCGAAUCGUCGAGCUCGCGCACAUCAGUCUUGAUCUGAUCCCGGAGCUCAUGUCGCUCAAGGUGCAGAAUAACCGUCUCUUUGACUUGCCGCCGUACUUUUCCGGUAUUCGCACGCUCAGAAACCUCAACAUCUCGAACAACCGCUUCGAAGAAUUCCCCAAAGUCAUUUGCAAUGUGACCUCGCUCGUUGACCUCGACGUCUCGUUCAACUCGAUCACCGAGCUGCCUGCCGAGAUCGCCAACCUCGUCAACUUGGAGCGUUUCAUCCUUGCCGCCAACUCGCUCGAAAAGCUGCCAGACAGCAUGAGCGAGCUCGUCAACCUGCGCACUAUCGACUUGCGUCGCAACCAGGUGCAGGAUGUUUCGUCUCUUCUGGGUUUGCCGCGCCUCAAAAACAUUCAAGCCGAGAGCAACAACAUCAAGUCGUUCGAAGCGACCCUGGGCCCGCAACUGACGCAGGUGGAGCUCGGUCGCAAUCCUCUUAGCAAGGUUCGCAUCGCCGCGCUCACCACAUGCGACUUGACAUCACUUGACCUCUCUUCGACCAACAUGACGCGACUCGAGGAAGGCCUCUUCCCGCAGCUGCCUGCGCUUGUCAAACUGACACUGGAUGGCAACCAGCUCGUCGUGUUGCCCGACACCCUCGGCGAGCUCAAGCGUCUCGAAAUGCUGUCGUGCAGCAACAAUCUUCUAGCAACGCUGCCAGAGUCUAUCGGCGACCUCAAGGCGCUCAAAGAGCUGUUGGUACACAACAACAAUCUCAAGACGCUUCCGCAGUCACUGUGGUUCUGCGAGAGCCUCGCCCACAUCAACCUCAGCUCCAACCUACUCGAAUCCUUCCCAGCUGCACCAGAAAUCCGCACCGACGCCUCGACAGGCGAUGCCGCCGCGGCAGUCGGCACCUCGGCCAUCCUUGCCGCUCGAAAAGGCUCGACCAGCUCGUCGUUGACGCACAGAUCGAACACGGGCGGCGCCAACGGCAGCACCAACAUCUCGACGCCCUCGGAGCUCUUCGUAGCGCCGCUCUCGCUUAGUCUGCAGAAGCUUCGUCUCGGAGACAAUCGCUUGGGCGACGAAGUCUUCAGCGUGCUGUCCGAGCUCACGUCUCUCGAGGUGCUCAACCUCAGCUUCAACGAGAUCUUUGAGAUUCCUGACUUCAGCCUGCAGACACUCACCAAGCUGCGCGAGCUGUACAUCAGCGGCAACCAGCUGAGUACCAUCCCUUCCGACGACCUGGUGGUGCUGCAAGAGCUGCGCAUCCUGCAUCUCAACUGCAACAAGCUCACCACGCUCCCCACCGAACUUGGAAAGCUUAAAAAGCUCGCCAAUCUCGACGUCGGCAACAACGUGCUCAAGUACAACAUCGCCAACUGGCACUACGACUGGAAUUGGAACAUGAAUCCAGAGCUGCGUUACCUCAACCUCUCUGGCAACACGCGUCUGGAGAUCAAAACCAAACUGAGCGAUAUGGGCUUCACGCGCAAGUCCAACAUCUCGGACUUCAGUCGGCUGACCAGCUUGCGCAUGCUGGGCCUGAUGGAUGUGACGAUGCCGUUGCAUUCGAAUGCCACCCCGGACGAGUCGGACAACCGACGUGUGCGAACCUCGCUCUCGCAGAUCAACGGCAUGGCCUAUGGUAUCGCCGACGCGCUCGGCAAGCACGAUAACCUGAGUGUCAUCGACCUCGUCAUUCCUACCUUCCGAAAGGACGAGGGCGAGUGCCUCUUUGGUCUCUUUGAUGGUCGAGGUCACGGCGCACACGUCGGCAGUCGCAUCGCGCACCACUUGGCCGAAUGGAGUGGACAUCGCCUGUCGUGGGAAUUUCAAAAGCAUCAGAACGAAAAGGCGACCGAGCCCGCGUCGGUGCCCGAUGUGUUGCGUCGCGCUUUCCUUCGUCUGCAGAAAGACUAUGCCGAUGCGCUCAUCAACGAUGGCAGCCGCAAGCUCUCGGAAGCCCACGCCGAGGCAGCCGCCGACGUAGCGAGAAGUUCUGCACCUGCGAUUGCCGCCGCUUCCAACAAGCACGACUGGCGUGCCGGCGCUUCGGCCAUCUUGGCCUACGUGGUGGACCGCACGCUGUACGUGGCCAAUGCAGGUGAUGCACUCGCCGUCAUGUCGCGCAACGGCGGCACGGCGCACCUGAUCAGCAACAAGCACGAACCGUUUGACCGUGCCGAGAUCGAGCGAAUUCGAUCGGCUGAAGGCUGGGUGUCGCUACGUGGCUACGUCAACGACAUGCUCGAUAUCUCGCGUUCGUUCGGCUACUUCCACCUUUUCCCCAUCGUCAAUGCGGCGCCUGCUGUCACGACGGUGCAGCUAACGGACUCGGACGAGUUUGUCAUCAUCGCCAACCGCACGCUUUGGCAGUACGUGUCGUAUCAGACGGCGGUCGACAUUGCACGCACGCAGCGAAACGACCCCAUGAUUGCGGCGCAGAAGCUGCGAGACUUUGCCAUCAGCUACGGUGCCGAGGAAAGCAUUAUGGUGAUGGUCAUCUCGGUGGGUGACCUCUUCUAUCGAUCGGGUCAGCGCAACGGUGGUGGAGUCAAUUUCGCCAACUACCAGAACAGCGACGCGAUCAAAAAGGCAGGACGUCGCUUCCGCGAGGAGCUUCCUGGCGAUCGUACGCUGGCGAGACUCGACCGUGAAGUGGCCCCACCCAUCGGACAGGUGGCGCUUGUGUUCACGGAUAUCAAGAACUCGACGUCGCUGUGGGAGACCAACAACGGCAUGCAGGCGGCCAUGCGACUGCACAACUAUCUACUACGCAGGCAGCUGCGAACGAUUGGUGGCUACGAGGUCAAAACGGAAGGCGAUGCGUUCAUGGUGUCGUUCCCCUCGGUGAGUGCAGCGCUGCUGUGGUGUUUCACGGUGCAGCAACAGCUUCUGCAAGAGGACUGGCCGCGCGAAAUCUUGGACAGCGAGGACGGCAAGGAGGUGUACGAUCCAUCAGGCGAGCUCAUCCAUCGAGGACUUUCCGUGAGGAUGGGCAUCCACUGGGGUCGACCGGUGUGCGAGGCGGAUCCGAUCACGCGACGAAUGGACUACUUUGGGCCGAUGGUGAACCGUGCUGCUCGAAUCAGCGGUGCCGCCGAUGGCGGCCAGAUCUUGGCGAGCAAGGACGUGAUCAAGGAGCUUCAGGGCUUGCUGGGUACGUUUGACGAAUCGUCGGCGGCAGCGGGGGGGAGCAGUGGCGAUGGUGGGGGGCAGGCGCUCGAAAAGACCGACGAAGAGUUGGACGAGGACGCAUUCCGACUGCUCAACCCCAACGUGAGCCGCGAUGUGGUGCUGCUGCGAAGGAUGGGAUUCGGUCUGUCGCAGCUGGGCGAGCGCCGACUCAAGGGCCUCGAGACGCCAGAGAUGCUGUGGCUGGUGUAUCCCAAGCAGCUGGCAGGACGAUUGGAGCAGGAUAAGACCGACGACGCGCCGGAUGCGCCAACAGCCCAGGUGUACGAGCCGACGGUGCAGCUGCUGGACAUUGAAGACGUCAAGCAGGUGGGCAUGCUGUGCUUGCGUUUGGAGUACCUGUCCAACUCGAGCGUGUGCCCAGGCAUCUUUACGGCCCAGGACGAAGCAGAGAGGUCGAAGCCUUCAACGCCUCUGGAUGAAGUGGCACGAAACCCGAUGGACAGCGGCGACCUGGAGAAGCCAGCUAGUGGCAGCGGCGGCGCCAGCAAGAAGAACAACAACAACGCGGUACCUCUAUUGUCGCUGCAGGCGCGUCGCAAGGGUGUCGAGGCGAUGCUGAGCAUGCAUCCGGAGCUGUUGAUCUACAGCAUCCGUGACGAUGCGACCGACGAAGAGCUAGCGGGCAUCCUGGACCAGCUGACGACGCGAAUCCAGAACGCCGUGUCUUCGCUCGCGUUGAACGUGUUGAGGCAGAAGACGGCCAACGGGAGCAGGGAUCUCGGUGCGGAUCCUAGCGUGCUCGAGCUGCUGACGAGUUUGUUGUCACAGCCACCUCCACAAUCGUCAGUCUUGACGCUGCCCAGUCCGUUGACGAGCCCUCGCAACCGACUGAUGGAUUUACUUCCUUAG